AAGCAACUACAACAAUAAAAAGCCCAAUUUUUUUUAGCAGCCGAGCGGAGCGUUUGGUAUCAGUAUCAGCGUUUGCGUUUACACCUGUGUGGCCUUCAAUCGCUCGCACCUGCACCCCCGCCGCCUUCUGCCUCCCCCCGAGCCCACGAAGAGAACGACAACUGCGGCGCACUUGCUUUCCUUUGUGUGCUUUGGCUGUUUCGGCCCAAGGCAAGAGCCCCCAGCCUCAGUCCCAAUCUCCUUGGUGCUCCAAUUGGCCAAAAUGCUGUGGACUGUGCACCUGGACGGCGGGCCGCAGCGGGUCAAUCACGCGGCGGUGGGCGUGGGCGACUUCAUCUACAGCUUCGGCGGCUACUGCACUGGAUACGAUUAUCGCUACAACGAGCCCAUCGAUGUCCACGUCCUGAACGCGCACACAAUGCGCUGGACCCUGGUGCCCCAGCAGCUGGACGCCGCCGGGUUGCCGCUAAAGUAUCCUCUGGUGCCCUUCCAGCGCUACGGACACACGGUGGUCGCCUACAAGGAGCGCAUCUACAUCUGGGGCGGACGCAACGACGAGAACCUCUGCAAUGCCCUGUACUGCUUCGAUCCCAAGACCGCCCAGUGGUCGAGGCCGCCGGUCACCGGCUGCCUGCCAGGGGCGCGGGACGGUCACUCGGCCUGCGUCAUCGGCAACAGCAUGUUCAUCUUCGGCGGCUUCGUCGACGAGAUCAACGAGUUCAGCAGCGAUGUGCACAGCCUCAAUCUGGACACCAUGGAGUGGCGCUAUGUGCAGACUUUCGGCGUGCCGCCCAGCUACAGGGACUUCCAUGCGGCGGUGGCCUACGAGCAGGAGCGCAUGUACAUCUUUGGCGGGCGGGGCGACAAGCACAGUCCGUACCACAGUCAGGAGGAGACUUACUGCCACGAGAUCGUCUACCUGGACAUGAAGACCAAGGUCUGGCAUCGCCCCUUCACGGCCGGCAAGGUGCCCGUAGGCCGGCGCAGCCACAGCAUGUUCGUCUACAACAAGCUGAUAUACGUCUUCGGCGGCUACAAUGGCCUGCUGGACCAGCAUUUCAACGAUCUGUACACCUUCGAUCCGCGCACCAAGCUGUGGAACCUGAUACGGGCCAACGGCAAGGCACCGACGGCGCGGCGCAGGCAGUGUGCCAUCGUGAUGGCCACCAAAAUGUUCCUGUUCGGCGGCACCAGUCCGAGGAGCAGCUCCUCCAGCGGCUCGCCAUCGGCCGGCGUAUCGCCCACUCAAGAGGCGGGCGGAGCAACUGCGGCAGGCGGAGUUGUUCCGCCCGGCCUGGCGCUCAUCGACUACAGCGAUCUGCAUGUGCUCGAUUUUGAGCCCACCCUGAAAACCCUGGCCACCAUGGUGGUGCUCAAGCACCAGCUGGACAUCUCGGGGCUGCCGCGGAGCUUCCGCUCCGAUCUGCAGAUGCUGACGCAGCCGAACAGUAUUAGCCGGCCCAUCAACCAAGCCGGCUAGCAUCCAAAGCCGUAGGGGGAAAAGCCCGAGUCGACUGCCACAAAAUGAAGAAGGGGGAGAAAAGGGGAGACGCAUCACGGAGCCACUAGUCCGUUUCUUUGUAUUUGAAACCAUUGGAGGAGCAAGCUCGAAUUACGUUUACUGGAGAGAUGGCGAAGGGAGAACCUGAGGGAGAGAGAAAGGGAGAAGCCCCAAUAAUUACGAAAGUUUUAGAAACUUGCUUUUGGUACUUCUGAUAGCUGCUAAAUAAUACACAAUAACGAUGAUUAUGCGAAUGAUAUUAAAAUAGAAAUGUAGUUCGUAAAACAUUUAUAAAUCGUCCUUAAAUAAAAACUCCAUUAACUUUA